ACUACGCCAUGGAUGUGAUUUGUGCUUUAUAUAAUAACCACGGAGUUCUACAUGAGUGAUAACGAGAGCUCCAGGAAACCUUACUACCUAAGUCACUGCGUCAUUGAGAGCUUAACUGUUAAAUUACUCAACCGGGUGAGAUUAGGUGGAGAUGAUUCACUUUGUUUUUAGCAAUUUGACAACAUCAGUGUUUUAAUGUGAACUAAUUAAACACAAAAAUUGGUAAUAGAGCACAUGGAGUGUUAAUGCUAUUGCAAAUCCUCAGUAAAGAACGGUAAUCAUGCGGUAGCUAAAUUAUACUCCUGUUGGUGAACACUGAAACUAACGUAUAAACACGAGUGGAUAGGAUGAACAAACUAGUGUGACAAUAAGGUGACCAGUGAACAAGUUUUCAUGUCUAAGAUCCAGGGCCGCGGGGGCGGUGAACCCUUCAAUCAUUAACACAAAAAACAGAACUAGCCAGGCUCUGUCUCCUCUUCCCUCCCCUCCUACGCCAGCUCCAGGCAGUGAGGGGGUCUCGUUACCCCCACUCCACUUCCGUCUGAGGCUGAGGAAUGUGACAUCAGAGGGAUGGAGCCCAAGAGCAUCAAACAGGAGCGGGAAACUGGUAAAGAGGAACUGGCCAAUCAGGAGACGGGUAGCGAGGCUCGGGCGCCGUCAUUGGUCCAGGGGCUGGCCAACCAGGACUCGCGCAGCUCCCGGAGCAAAGGCUUGCGAGCUGAGAUGCCCAAGUUGGGAGAAAGCAACAAUGGCAACAACAAUAGCAGUAAUGGCAACAGCAGCAGUACAACCAGCAAUAACAAUGUUUCCAAUGCCAGCACCAAUGGCACCUCUGGCAGCAGUUCCAAUGAUGUCACCAGAGUUCCAGGGCCACAUUCCUACUCACCAGUCCCUACCCAGAAGACUUCAUAUGCCAAUGGGUCUUACUCACCCCACAGCACAGUCAAUGGGACACCAACACCCUCGCCACCCGCUCUAUCCUCACCACCUUCACAAAACCACGAGUCAGGCCCAGGAGCUGGAGCAUCCUCCAGGGAUGCUCACAGACAGAUCUCAAAGGUGCGGCGGUUCCUGACUACACUGCAUCAAUUUGCUGCUGACAUUUCUCAUGAUGUAGGUGACCGUGUGAGGCACCUUGUUCUUGGCCUUUUGAGUGGUGGGGUGAGUGUAGAGGAGUUCCAUGGAGGGCUGCAGGAGGUUACACACUUUCCUCUUCGCCCCUUUGUAUUGCCCUUUUUGCGUUCCCACCUACCUCUUCUGCAGCGAGAACUGCAGAGCCUUGCCCGCCGUGCUGCCAUGCCGGUGUCACAGUACGUUGCUGUGCAUGAAGCAGCACUGCUGGAAUCUACUGCAGGAGAGCCCACUGAUUUCUUCUCUUCAGAGGUUACUAGUAGUAAACGUCGUCAUGAAGGGUACUUUGAAAAUGGGGACAGUGGUGGUGGUAGUGGAGGGGGUGUCUCCCCACCACCCUCAAAGCGGCUUGGCAUUUUUUCUCCGCCCUACCCAAGUGUGGGCAUGAGUCCUGACCCUCCUCUACAUUCUCGAGAUUAUCGUACCCCAGCUCCACCAGAUGAUGAAUGGAAGAACAUCCAUGUUAUGUUGACGUGUAUCCUAAGUAUGGUGGAGAAGACUCGUCGAGCUCUAACAAUGUUGCAGCAAAAGGAAGAUCGUGAUGGGAGCAGUGGCAUUUCCAGAGUAAGUGGCUUAGGUGCAACAGAUCUCCGACAGCGAGCUGAUUAUGAUGCAGAGGUACGUCGUCAUGCUGCUGAGCUUGUUGCGCAGUCUAUCCGUACAACAGAGGAGAGGGUAUCAGAGGUCAAGCGCAAAGCUGAGGAAGCUGUAUCAGAAGUUCGGCGAGCAGCUGUAGCAGAAGUACAACGAGCUGUUGGUGCAGCAGAGGCUCGAGCCCAGGAGCUUGUAGCAGCAGAGAGGGCCAAGGUAGAAGCCCUUUUACGGGAAGUAGGGAGAAGAGACUCCUCGGAGCCUCGUGCAGAGCCACAGCAGGCGUGCUGGAACUGCGGCAGGAAGGCCCACGAGACCUGCAGUGGUUGCAAUGUUGCACGUUACUGUGGCCCCUUCUGCCAGCACAAGGACUGGGACUCUCAUCAUAAGGUCUGCUCACCUGUCCUGGCAUCAUCGUCUUCGUCUUCUGCUUCAUCAUCCUCUGCAUCCUCAUCUACUGCCAUCAUUGCAGCCCUUGUUUCUAAAAGUAAAUUCAGCAAAACUUCAGAUACUACAAAGACAGAGUGACCAAAGAUUAAAGGAUCACUUAAACGAAAAUGUCAUAGUAAGACAAGAAUAAUAGGCACUUUUCAUAAAGAAUAAACUUGCAAAUGUCAUUGAAGAAGUUACAUCCUGUAUAGACCCAUUGUGAAUAAUGAAUUCAAUCACUAGAAGGGAUGUAUUAGUGCAACUUUUCAAUUUCUGAUCAAUCUGUCAUGCGAGAUAUUUAAAGUUAAUCUGUAAAUAAGCUAAAGACAUGAAUUACUAGAAAAGUGAGAAUAUAGCAAAAUUACUUUGUUGAUACUGUGUGAGAUAAAAUUUAAAGCUGAAUAACCAAGCGAGUUGUACAAUUAUUUAAACUUGUGGAUACUGUGACUAAAUAAUAAAACUCAUUUUGAUAGUCUUUGAAAUAUUGUGUGAAUGUACUCUGUCCCUCUAAGACUAGACAAAAUAAUGAGCAUUAAAAGACCUUGGAUGACUUAUAGACUCCAUGCAUCACAGGUUUCAAGAUGGUGGUGAAUAGGUUUAUUGGGUCAGUUUGUUUUUUAAGAAAAUACAGUAAAGAUAUUGAGGAACAAUUCCUGAAAUUUAAGAAAAAAAAAAUGUAUUACCAGAACUUGCACUGUAAAUAUAAUUACAAUGUACAUUACACAAAUAUGCUGCAAUACACUUUUAAGUGCAUGUGAUUAAUCUGUGUUCCUGUUGUGGUGAUAAAUUCAAAAUAGAUAAUACUUGUAUUUAAUAAGUACAUGUAUGAUACAAUAAUUAUCUACAGAGGGAACUUGACAAAUUUUUAGAAUGCAUAUUGUGGUUGCAACAUGGAUUCAAUCAUUCUCUGUUUAGUCAGGACACAGCUGUUCAUGGCAAACUAAGACGUGUUACUGACGAAAGAAUUGUUGUGCAACUAUGAAAAAACCAAACACAUUGAGUACUGAUAAAAGUUUUAAAUAAUUGGUGCAGUAUUAAGUUCAGUACCAGCCAGUCCAUUUGAGCCAAGAUAAAUGUCGUUCAGGGUGAUAAGUGCUUACUAUGCAAAUAUGAAAAUUGUGUGCAAGUAUUAAGAGGAUGCUAUUUGCUGUAGGAUUAUAGUACCUUGCUGGUCUCCAUCUCUAGCUUGUUUAUAAGGGACAGUUGUCAUGAAAAUUAUAAGAAAAAAAGUGCUUAAACUCACAUGGGUCAUACAGUGUCAUGUAAAAAAAGACAUUUCAGGAACUGCAGUUUCUUAUUUGUAUAAGUGGCUUAGAACCUUUAUACUUAGGCUUUAAUCUAAAGAUCUUUGAAUUUGUGGCUAGGUCUUUUGGUGCACUCCUGAAGCACCAUUGUGACAAAUUUUUGAGCUAAUUGAAUAUACAACACUAUGGAGAAACAAGAACACCAUACAGUGAGAACCUUCUUUCAGAAGUUAAAAAUAUUGAUAUUACUGUAAAAAAAAAAAAAAAAAAAAAAAAAAAACUGCAAGUUGUCAGUAAUUAACUGCCAAUACAUUACUUGUACAUUAGUUUUAUCACUUUUCAUAUGACGGGUCACUAUACAACAUACUACAUUAUGUAAUUAUCAGUACAAAUAUUGAACCAGAAGACAAGCAUUGUACAGUAAUGUGUAUCAUGAACCUGUAAACCAAAGAUUAUAGACAUAGACAACUUCUAGCGAUGACGUUAUUACUCCGCCUUGCAUAUAGUGACCAGGUAUGGACCCUAAGUAAAGUUGGCAAUAAAGAUUUCAGUUGCAUGGUAGAGUAAACUUGAUUAGCAUAAUUUUUUGUGUGUCUAGUCACAAUAUAAAUGUUUAUUAUGAUAUGUAGAUUUUUCAGUGUUUUGAACACUCAAAAGCAUUUUUUUGAUACCUUUCAAUGUUAUAAAAAAUGGAAACAGAUACCCAAUAAAGUUAAGCUUACUGAACCACUUAAUAUAAUAAAAGAUGCAAAUUUUUUUGCAGGAUAUUACUGUUUCAAUAUGUAAAAACACUGUAGAAUGUUUUAGUAAGUUAUGACGUGGUCAGUGUCUUGGAUUCGUAAGUCCUGCUCCCAUUCAUCAUAUUUCAUAUUUUGGUUGUAGUUAACAUUCAUGUUAUUGAGAAUUUUAAAUCACGAUGCCAUGAUAGCACUUUCAAAUCUAGUGCUCUAACUGGUAGUUAAGCCAUGUAUGUGUGAAGGUAUUAUUGUUUGACCUCAUAAUUGGUGGUGGUUUUGAACAUCUUUCAUAAUUCUUUGUAAUUGGCCAGUGAGGUUCAUACAUGAUAUUCAGUUUAUGUAAGACAAAACCAGUGGUUGCCAAACUUGUUAAUGACUGUAUAUACUGUAUGUUAUUAUUUAUUUAAAAAAAAAAAAUACAAAAUGCUCUGAAUGUUUUUCAUAUACAGUACCAUAUGUCCUUUUGCUUUUCAUGUUUCAGGGGUAGAUAUUUUGCCAGAUUUUUAGAUGAAAAAACUGAAAAGCCUAUGGAGAAAAAAAGUAAUGAUUUCUGAAGAAUACUUUUUCAACUUAUGGCAAAACAUUUAUUCCUAAAACUAUUUUUCACACACUUUUACUGACCUAAUUGAGAAAAUAACUGAGCUGUGUAUAGUGACAAUAUUCACACUGUUGAAAUAUGUGUAUUGUAUACCAAUGUCCUUGUUUUGUAAAUAGACCAAGUUUUAUCA